UGAUCUGGCUUGGUUCCUCGCCCCAGAAGACCAGCUAAGGCUAGUAAGUCCAAUUGAAUAUUUAUUGGUCCUUGUAAUCGUGGCAUCGUCAUCAGAUGCUCAACCGGGCGUCACGCGUCGCGGGUCGCGGAGAAGACUACAUUUACAUAACGUUGGCAGCAUGAUUUUAUACUCGUCAGUACGGCCUCUCCUUUCCCCACGCUGUUUGUUGUUUCUGAUCACCUCUCUCCAUACUGACAAAACAACGGCGCUAUGUCCAACUCGGGGAAAUCAUCAACUAUAGAGUCCUCGCAGGGCAUCGACUCUCCAUCUGCAAGCAAACAUAGAUCGUCUUACGUCGACCAGGAAAUACCUAGUGAACAAGCCUUUCAUCAAACGCAUCUUAGUGAAUCACCAGAUGGAGGAAUCAGCGCAUGGCUUGCAGUUUUUGCCACCGCAUUGAUUACAUUUUCUACGUUUGGUUUAUUAAAUUCAUGGGGUAUCUUCCAAGCCUACUAUGAGGAAAAUCUACUGGUUCACACUCCACCUUCAACCAUAGCAUGGAUCGGUUCUACGCAGUAUGCACUCGUGUACCUUCCGUCUCUUGCAACGGGGAGACUAUUUGACUUGGGAUACUUCAAAAUACCGUUUUUCGCCGCUAGUUGCGUCAUCGUCACGUGCACUUUCCUAAUUGCGGAAUGCACUCAAUUCUGGCAGCUCUUCUUGACACAGGGUGUCGGCCUGGGAGUAGGCUGCGGUUUCCUAUUUAGUCCUGCAAUCGUCAUCGUGUCACAAUGGUUCUCCAAGAGACGUGGCUUAGCUCUGUCACUCACUACCGUUGGGGCUGCGCUCGGCAGCAUCCUGUUUCCUGUAGCGGCACAAAAUUUGAUUUCGUCAAUUGGAUUUAGAUGGACAGUUCGUGUAUUUGGAUUCAUUCUGAUGGUUACAAUGGGGACAGCCAACAUAUUUCUCAAACGGAGACUUCCGCCCAUCAACGUUAGCGGGGGACUCUUCAAUCUCAAAGCAUUUCGCAACAGAGCAUAUUCCACAUAUUGUGUUUCAGGAAUUGUGAUACUUUUAGGUCUUUACACAGAGUUAACAUAUAUCUCUGUGAGCGCUGUAACAAUUGGCGUCUCCAAACAUUUCUCGUUCUAUAUAAUUGCGAUUGCUAAUGCGGCAUCUAUGUUUGGCCGCGUGUCAUCUGGACUGUUGGCAGAUAAAAUUGGCGCACUCAAUACCAUGGCAAUUUACACAACUAUUACGGGAAUCACGACAAUCGCUUGGACAUUUGCUAAAGACGAAACUCAGCUCAUUGCAAUAGCCAUCAUUCAUGGGUUCUCCAUCGGAGCAUAUAUAUCUCUGUACUCUGCACCUGUUGUGGCAAUGGGGAAAAUGGAAGACGCGGGGCGUCGAGUGGGGAUGUUCAUGUCCCUCAUUGGUUUCGGAGGCAUUGCAGGUCCUCCAAUAUCAGGUGCAAUUUCUACCGCGACAGGAGGCUUUACUGGUGCGGGUUAUUAUGCAGGUGGCUGCAUUAUAUUUGGUGUCGCAUUGCUACUUGUGGCGCGGUACCUUCACCUCCGACGGCUAUGGGGCAAGUUUUGAAUGAUUGUUUCGUGAGGCGAAUCUGCACGUGCUCUUGAAUGGCACAGAAG